GGUGGAGAGGACGGAAGGAUUAAAGUUUGGAUAAUUCCACAGGGUGGACUUAAGGAGACCUUCAGUGACCCUCACUCAGUUCUUAUUGGCCACAAUGAGCGGAUCUAUACGGUGCGAUUCCACCCCUGUGCCUCGGAUAUCCUUGUCUCCUCUUCUUAUGACAUGACAGUGCGUGUAUGGAACCUGCAGGCCGGAAGAAAUGUGCUGACUCUAGAAGGCCAUAAAGAUCAGAUCUUCUCCCUUGCCUGGAGUCCAGAUGGCAAAUAUUUAGCUACUUGCUGCAAAGAUCAGCGUAUUCGUAUAUACGAUCCUCGGGUUUCCAACUCUCCAAAGCAGGAGGGUGCUGGGCCAGAAGGUGCCCGAGGGGCACGAAUCCUCUGGGUAUGUGAUGGUAAAUAUCUCCUCGUGUCAGGGUUUGACAGCCGAAGUGAACGCCAGCUGACUCUGCAUAAUGCAGAAAACCUGUCACAGGGUCCUAUCACCACCAUCAGUCUGGAUGUGUCACCUUCCACACUUAUCCCGCAUUAUGACCAGGACACCGGCCUCCUGCUGCUCGCUGGCAAGGGUGACACCAGAUCAUUCAUGUAUGAGGUGAUGGCAGAAAGCCCUUACUUCCUGGAAUGUAACAACUUUGUGACCGGUGACCCACACAAGGGUCUACAGUAUUUGCGGAAAACAGACUGUGCUGUGCGGGAAGUGGAGGUUCUGCAUGCUUUGCGUCUUUGCACUAGCUCACUUGAACCUGUAGCUUUCUGUGUUCCACGUGUUAAGAAAGAGUUCUUCCAGGAUGAUGUGUUCCCCCCUACCCGUGUGACCUGGGAACCAGCACUGUCUGCAGCAGAGUGGCUCAGUGGUAAAGACAAGCAGCAGCGUACAGUUAAUCUGUGUCCUGCAGACAUGACUCCAGUCAGCCAGGCUCCUAAAGAAGCCCCAAGCAAGAAGUAUGCCCCCUCUUCUGUCUAUCUCCAGGAGAAGACUGAUGAGCAGAAGAAGGAGGAGCUACUGAAUGCGAUGGUGGCAAAACUAGGCAACCGGGAUGACCCACUGCCCCAGGAUGCCUUUGAAGGGGUAGAUGAGGAUGAAUGGGUGAGUGGAUUUAAUGACCAGACGUGUAGGCUAAAAUGUUAUAGGGACUGGAGUAGAUAUCUCAAUCUACAUGAAUACAUUCAUGACAUAUCCCAAUAUAUAACAUCAUCUGUAUAG